AUGGACUCAGGAAUUACAGAUAAUAUUCGACGUCGGAAACGGAGAGAACUUACAGCAGGACAAAAACAAGAGAUUGUCGAGGCAUUUGAUCUUUUCGAUACAGAUAAAGAUCAACAAAUCAGUUAUUAUGAAUUUAAGGUUGCUCUUCGAGCGCUUGGAUUUGAGUUAAAAAAACAAGAGGUACUAAAAACUUUGGAGGACUACAACAUCAAAGAAGAUUCUGGAAAACUACGGUUUGAAGAUUUUAAUGAAAUAGUGACAGAUAUGAUUUUAGACAGAGAUCCUGUCACAGAGAUGGUACGAGCCUUCAAGCUGUUCGAUGAAGAUGAUUCUGGAAAAAUUACUUAUCGUAAUCUAAAAAAGAUCUCCAAGUAAAUCAACAUACAAAGUCACAGUUUUAUACAUCUAAUUAAAUAUAUAUCACAGUGAACAUCUAUCGAUGACAAACUGAUGUUUUAUAUAGUAGGUGGUCUCUGCUCAAAUAUUUGGAGUUUCCUAUUUGAAAUAAACAAGUGUAAUUACCCUUCAAACCGUCAUUAUAAAUAAAUAAAAGUUGUUAAUGAAUUCUAUUGUUUUUUUACUACUCGUAAGUAGUUAAAGUCAGUCCACUCGAAUAUCUAUGUCCAUUUCCCCAGUUUACUGAUAAUCAGUUACUUUAACAUUUACUUUCUCUAUAAUUCCCCUUUUGAUAUUUGUCUAAAAAGGUUGAAUCAUUUGUAAAUAUUAUUUUUAUUCCUUGUCAACUUUCAGCUGCUCUGUUUAAUUAUGAAUUAUUUUUUGAAAUAGAUCGAAAUUUUUCAUGUAUUACUGUAAAAUUGAUUGUUUUCCAUUUGCAUGAUCCAUAAAUUUGAAUAAAAUACGUUUCACUAUAAAUUACCAAGAUUAGAUACUUAUUUUUUCCAUGGUAUAUCAAAAGGAUUAUUUUCUAAAGAAACGUAUGCUAUUAACUACAAAAUACUGGAAUUAACAGAUGUGAUCUCAUCUUUAAUUAAGCUCUUAGCUUCUUAUUAUGUUCUUCUCUUAAGAUCUAUUACUAUUCCGUUGUUAUUCAACGUCUAUACUGUCGACAGAAACAUCACUCAUUGAAAAAUCAGAGUAAAUAAUCUUGAAAUUGUUGUAAAUUACCGGUUAACAUCAUUUAGCUAUAGUCCACUCAUUUGUUAAAACUGCUAAUUCAUUAACCAAGUAUUUUAUUUACAACUAUUCGUUCUCUUGAAGAGAGCACGAACAAAUAAUAUAUGUGGAUUCGUUUUACUUCACGAUGUUUUUGGUAGCUGAUGAAAAUUUUACGAAAUGGAACGAAUUCAUAUUAUUCUGCUCAAUUCUUCGCUCUUGCUCUCAAGAUAAUAAAAGGAAUUCAGUGUAUGAAAAUUCGAUCUUGUGUUAGUUGCCCUCUCCAUUAACUCCUGACUUAACAUUCAGGUUUUAUUCUCACAUCUCCUAAAAUAAAUGUGGGAUGAUGUUAACGUUAAAAUUAAUAAAUCUGCAUCUUUUGAUAACCUAUAAUUCAUGGAUUUCCUAUGGAUAAGAGGACGUACAUCUUGAAGGUUAUUGUUUGUUAAUCUGUAUAAUUUUUCGUAUUUUAUUUUAAAAGAUAGUUUCCAUAAAAUAUUAAUUAUCAACCUAACAAUUAUUUAAAAUCGGGAAAUAUUGCACUGUAUAUUUCAUUCUAGUCUGAGACUGCUCAUUAUCGUACACUUAAAACCUCAUACGUUGUUGUAGUUCAGUAGUUUAACUAAUAUCAGAUCAUAAUGAAUAUCAUUUGCAAUUUGAAUCUUCAUAAACCAUGUUGUUUCUUUUUACUUUAUUAUCUUCCUAUAUCUAACAAUUAAAUUUACUUAGCCUAAAUAUUAACAAUUAAAUGAAUCAGCUAUAAAUAUAUUUAUAACAUUGUUAAUAUCUUAGUUAACAUUACAUAUGGAACUAUUUCACUAAUCUAUUUAUUUAUUAUUAUUAUUAUUAUUAU